GCUCCAUCUUCAAAGAAGGAGCGCAACCACCUUGAUAAGAAUUGAGACCAGCCCCAACGAGAGCCACCGACGGAACAGUCAAUUCGAGAUCUACCCACCAGCCAUCCCCCAAAAUGGCAUCCUCACCCACUCCUCCUCCAGCGCCCGCCACCCCCAGCGCACCCAAACUACCCACUACGCCAGAUGAUGCCGCCGCCACUACCGGAAAGACCUUCGAAAACCGCAUGCUCCAUAACGUCGCCCUCGGCGUAACCCCCGUCGCCCUGGGCGCCAUGUUCCUCCCGCCCCGGCGGCUCGACUUCCGCAUGCUCAUCCUAGGCGGAUGUUCCAUCUGGGGCAUCAACCAACUGCGGUACGACUACACCGGCAAGACCUUCCUCCAGCGCUUCCCAUCCUUCGGUGGCAGCAGCGGCGGCGGCGGUGGGUUCUUCUCCGAUAAAUACAACGGGAUGCCUUCCGAACGAGCACAGCAAGUGCAAGCGCAGAUAAAAGAAGAGAAGAAACGGCGGUUGGAACUAGCGGCUGCGCGGGAGGGGAUGAGCGAGGAGGAUGCGAGGAAGAUCGCGGAGCAGAGAAGGGAAAGGGAGAGGAAGGAGCGGAGUACUCUGAAAGCGAUUUGGAUGGGGGAUGCGGACGAGGAUUGGAAGGAGAAGCGGGAUCAGAGAGAACGGGAGGCGUUGAAGGAGGGCGGGAAGGGGUACUGGGGGUUGAUAAUGGAGCAGAUUUCGGAUGUGAGGGAUCGGGGGAAGGGGGAUAAGACGAACGGGGAAGGGACAAAUGAGGAGCCGAAGAAGUCUUAGAGGACGGGACAGUCAUAGGUGUGGUAUAGUAUGUGUAUAAUACGUAUGGACGGGCUGCAUAAUCGUUGUAUUGGGGUCGGGGCGCUGGCUUACGGUGCGAAUCGAUCUCUGCUACAAUAUAUUGUCACACUUUCAAAGAUUAUCAAAGAGGUAUCAUAUGUAUAUAUUUGGUCAGGAAACAGCAGGUUUCCUC